UAUGAGUUGCAGCGUAGCAGCCUACGAGUUAGUCAUUUAAGGGUGAUCACACAGCUGUGGUCAGGUAUGAAAUGCUUAAUGACGUGUGAGUGUUGUUCGGGAUCACCUAUCCACAGCGUCCGCAGCAAAAGAACCGUCAAAUACUCCUUGUUAGCUGUUGUACUAUGCGGAUAUGCUGUGUCAUACUACGUCUUCCCGUAUGCAUCUCAAGCGUACCGAAAGUCGCUUAUAAGUGAACUGGAAGAUAAUCUGACGGGCGUGUGCCAUCAAAUGCUAUCCACUCGCUUGGGUAAUGCUCAGGUUAGACUUCUAGCGACAAAGAAUGUGACAAGAAUGGUACCAGGAUUCCUGAACAGUAGCUCAAACUGCCGUGCAUUUAAAUGGAUCAACGCAUUUCAGACACAGACGAGCUCAGAAGAAUGGAAUUUUGGACUCGCCUUCUCCAUUGCAGUGUACAAGGAGCCUUCACAAGUGGCCAGGUUACUGAGGGCCAUCUACCGACCAAGCAAUGUUUACUGCAUCCACAUAGACGCCAAAUCCACGGCAACAUUUGUUGCAGACAUGGAAGGAUUGGCCACAUGUUUCGGAUCUAAUGUGCUGAUUGUGCCUCAAUCUAUGAGAACUAGGAUGAAUUGGGGUGAUCUGACAACUGUGGAGGCACUGUUGGUCUGCUCCCAAAUGCUGCUGUUGAACACAUCAAUUCAGUGGAGGUAUCUGCUAUCUGUUAGUGGUACCGAAUUUCCACUGCGGACAAAUAUGGAGCUAGUGCGAUUAUUGAAAGCAAUUCAUGGCUCAAAUCUCAUUGACGGAGUGAACGAUGGUCCUUGGAAGAACCGGAUUCCACGCAAAUCAUUAUCAUUUGAGGUACAGUGGUAUAAAGGAUAUUUUUACUCAGCAUUGACCCGAGAGUUCGUUCAAUACAUACACACCAAUAGAAAUGCCUCGGAAAUUCUGCAGGCCCUUCGUUCCGAAGGUCGCAAAGUUCUAUGCCAGGAUGAGCUAUUUCUGCCGACAUUACACUACAACCAAGCAUUACGUGCUCCUGGUGGCUGCAGCUGGACAAUGAAUGAUACAAAUCCAACGCGAACACAAGUGAUUAGAUUUACGAAAUGGACUGGUAAGGCUUCGGAAUGUCACAGUGGACGCUCAGUUCGCAACGUGUGUAUCAUGGGAAUUAACGAUCUAUUCACUCUUACGACAGCAAAGCAUAUGUUUGUCAAUAAAUUUCAUUACGACUUCCAAUCCAUCGCAUACGACUGUCUGGAACAUUGGCUGUUCAUGAAAGUUAAGAAUGAAUUGGAGUCUGGUGACGUCGCGCAGACCUUCAACGUCACAUUUUAUGCUAAUCUGCAAUGCUCCAGAGACCAUUGGUGAGGCCGAAAUAUCACUGCUUUUCGAAAAUGCCAAAUACUACAUCUAUCUGUUUGGUUAUCUUUGUGCAAUGGUUACAUGCAGAUUCAUGCAGCGAGUUCCAGCUGCCUUCGGCGACAGCUCAAUUCCCUCCCAACUGUAUCCACAUGUAUUGCACAGCAAAGGGUCUCGUAUCUGUGCGGUCUACAACAACACGUAGUUCCAAUCUACAAAUAAGCCCCACUGUGUUGUAACCAUAUAAGAAUGCAAUCUGUCAGUGUAUUCCACCCAGAUUUACUCUCUAAAUCAAUAACCUCAAGUAUUCUCACGUUGAUUGUGCAACCAAUCAGAAUCCGUUAAAACUUG